AUAUAGACGGGCAGGGGGGUUAACUCAACACAUGGUGGAAUUUUAAGCUCCAGAGACAGAAAGACAGACAGCUUCGGUUUCAGCUGGGUUCUGAUCAGCAUCAAACUGGUGUUCAUCAAAAAACACAGAAUGUGGUGACAUUCUGUUAUAGCCAUAGAAGAAGAAACAAUGAAUUAUAACAGCAGUUCAGGCCAGCAAUUGGAAGCACCUGUCUUCAUCCUCACAGGGGCCCUCUCCGUCACGGUCCUGGUGUUCACAGUGCUGGGGAUCGUGUGUCUCAGAAAAUAUUGUUCUUUGGUCCGGACCAUUCGAGAGCUGCGAGGCAGCAGGUUGUUGAUGACUGCAGUUCCUCGGCUGGAAACUUUGAUCGCGCCAGCAGUGGUGGAGGAAGAAGAUCAGCUUCCCCAGAUCCCCCAGAUCCCCCAGCAGCAGAGCAGGACAGUCAGGCUCUCCUCUCGGAGGCUAUGGAGAAGCUUUCAGCAGGGUCCUCGUGUUACCAAGUCAGACCUGAACCUGUUGCAGCUGAUCAAAGCAGGAAAGGAGGGUGUCUUCUACCAAGCCAGGAUGACCAGGGGGACGUGUAAAGGCCACAGCAUGUUCACCUGCAAGAUCAGCAAGGAAGGUGUCCGUCCUAAGCAUGUGGACACGGAGGUUUCCAUAAUGAGAAAACUGGUGCAUCACAAGAACAUCCUCCAGUUACUGGACUGGAACACCACUGAGGGGAACACCAACAGCGUGUUUGCCCUGGACUACAUCAGCGGGGCCCUGACAGUGAAUGGCCAGCUGGACAGAGAAAACCCUCUCUACUCAGCAGGAUUCACGCUCACUGUUAAGGCCACAGAGUUGAAAGAAGAUCGCAGUCCAUCAGAUGCAACCGUGAUGACCACCUUUACCAUCCUGCUAAUCGACAGGAACGACAACGCUCCGAAGUUCAACAGUUCUGAGUAUCGGCUCCACAUCACCGAGCUGGCCCAGGUGGGCUUUGCCCUUCCGCUCUUCAUCCAGGCCGAAGACAAGGACGAGGGGGUGAACAGCAUGUUCCAGGUGUUUCUGACAGGAAACAAUUCAGAGUACUUCACCAUCUCGCCCACGGCGGUGCAGGGGCGUGCUGACAUCAGAAUGAGGGUGGCCGUGCCGCUAGACUUCGAAAACAUCCGCAGCUACAGCUUCUCACUUUUCGCCAAUGAGUCCAUGUCCGACCAUGUGGGUUUUGCUCGUAUCUUUAUUGAACUGAUCAAUGAGAACGACAACCGUCCCAUCUUCAGUAAGCCGUUGUACAACAUCAGCCUCCCUGAAAACACCCCCCCUGGAACCUCACUGCUGCGGAUCCUGGCAACAGACGGAGAUGCAGGCACUUUUGGGAUUGUGCGUUACUACUUCAGUGACGAGCCAGACCAGUUUUCCGUGGACGAUGAGACAGGCUGGGUCAUCCUGCGGGCCGCUCUGGAUUACGAGCUGAUGCGGCGCUUCACGCUGACCAUUCUGGCGAGGGACGGCGGAGGUGAAGAAACAACGGGAAGGAUCCGUGUUAACGUUUUGGAUGUCAAUGACAACGCUCCGCUCUUCCAGAAGGAGGCGUACGUGGGCUCCCUGAGAGAGAACGAACAGGCCGUCCAGCCGGUGGCACGCGUCAGGAGGAACAGGUCAGCGCGGUGUGUUGGCCAUCAGUCACUGCCAAACAAAAGGCAGAGGUACACAGGCACAAUGGCUACAGAUGACGAUUCUCCACCCAACAACUUCCUGACAUACACCAUCACUUCAGCCUCGGCCUUCCUCAAUUACUUCAGCAUCGUCAUGGUGGAGGGCUACGCAGUCAUCAGUGUGACCAGGCCACUGGAUUAUGAGCAAGUUCCCAAAGGGAUGGUCUACCUGACAGUGAUGGCUAAAGAUGGAGGAAACCCCGCCCUCAACAGCACCGUCCCUGUCACGGUGGAGGUGAUUGAUGAAAAUGACAACCCACCAGAGUUCAGCAAGCCGUCCUACAUCGUCAAAAUCCCAGAGAACAUUAUUGCAGGGGCGACAGUGCUGCUUGUGAAUGCUACUGAUUUAGACGCCUCGCGGGAGUUUGGCCAGGCCUCACUCAUCUACUCCCUGGAGGGCUCCUCUCAGUUCCGUCUCAACUCGCGCUCAGGAGAGAUCACCACCACAGCCCUGCUGGACCGAGAGCUGAAGUCAGAGUAUAUUCUGAUAGUCAGAGCUGUGGAUGGAGGUGUGGGCCCUCAGCAGAAAACAGGCAUAGCCACGGUGAACAUCACCAUCCUGGACAUCAAUGACAAUGUCCCUAUGUGGAGGGAAGAUCCAUACCAUACCAACGUAGUGGAGAUGAGUCCAAUCAACACUGAUGUUAUCUCUGUGUUAGCUGUUGACCCUGACAAUGGGCUGAAUGGGACAGUGAGGUACAGUAUCAGUCCAGCAAACCCCUUCUACACCAUCAGCAGCAGCACAGGGAAGAUCCGCACCAGUGGGUUAACUCUGGACAGGGAAAGCUCCAACCCCAGGGACGCAGUACUCAUGAGGACUAUCAUCAUCUCAGCUGUUGACCGCGGUACACCUCCACUGCAUGCAUCAGUGAGCACCACUGUGUUUGUCAACCUGCUGGAUCUCAACGACAACGACCCCACCUUCCUCAACCUGCCCUUUGUGGCUGAAGUGCCAGAGGGAUUGCCCAUCGGAUCCUCCGUUUUUAAGGUCCAGGUGGAGGAUCCAGACGAAGAUAAGAACGGAUUGAUAACAAUGGCGUUACAGAUGGGAAUGCCUCGCCUCGACUUCAUCCUGAACACCUCCACCGGCGUCCUCUCCUCCAUGGCAGUCCUGGACCGGGAGCAGAUUGGACAGUACCACUUGAGAAUCAUUGCAUUCGACGCAGGGAAGUUCCCCCGCACCUCCACUUCAACCCUCACAGUCACAGUUCUGGAUGUAAAUGAUGAGACGCCCACCUUCAACCCCAGCGUGUACAAUGUUUCCCUGAAGGAGAGUGUCCCUAGAGACCACAUUGUAUCACGCCUCAGCUGCUCUGACAACGACGCCGGCCUCAACGCCGAACUUAGCUACUUCAUCACAGGUGGUAAUCAGGAUGGCAAAUUCAGCGUGGGCUUCAGAGAUGGAGUAGUUCGGACUGUGGUUGGCCUGGACAGAGAGACCCAGGCAGCAUAUACUCUGGUAGUAGAAGCUAUAGACAAUGGUCCAGCGGGCAGCCGGAGGACAGGCACAGCCACUGUGUUUGUGGAGGUGCAGGACGUUAAUGACAACAGACCCAUCUUCCUACAAAACAGCUAUGAGACCAGCAUUCUGGAGAGUGUGACCCAAGGAACCAGCAUCCUCCAGGUUCAAGCUACAGAUGCAGACCAGGGGGAAAAUGGCGGGGUUCUGUACAGGAUUCUCACUGUUAUUCGUGGGAUUGAUCCUGUUGGAGUCAGUACUACUGAAACUACCCCCACAAGUAUAUGA